AUGGUCGCACAAGUUCAAAAACAAGCUCCAACUUUCAAGAAAACUGCCGUCGUCGAUGGUAUCUUCGAAGAAAUUUCCUUAGAACAAUACAAAGGUAAAUAUGUUGUCUUAGCAUUCGUCCCAUUAGCCUUCAGUUUCGUAUGCCCAACUGAAAUUGUUGCCUUUUCUGACGCUUCUAAAAGAUUCGAAGAACAAAAUGCUCAACUUUUAUUCGCUUCAACUGAUUCUGAAUAUUCCCUCUUGGCAUGGACUAACGUCCCAAGAAGUGAAGGUGGUCUAGGUCCAGUCAAUAUCCCAUUGCUCGCUGAUACAAAUCAUUCUUUAUCAAGAGAUUACGGUGUAUUGAUUGAAGAAGAAGGUAUUGCUUUAAGAGGUCUAUUCAUUAUUGAUCCACUAGGUAAAAUUAGACAUAUUACUAUUAACGAUUUAUCCGUAGGUAGAAAUGUGGAAGAAGCUUUAAGAUUGGUCGAGGGGUUCAACUGGACUGAUAAAAAUGGUACUGUCUUACCUUGUAAUUGGACUCCAGGUUCUGCUACUAUUAAACCGGAUGUAGAUGCCUCCAAGGAAUACUUUAGUGAAGCUAACAAAUAA